ACCCAGUCCGCAGCUGUUGAAGGACGUCUUCGCUGUGUCGGUCUGCGAAAAAUCAAAUAAAAAUUUUCCUCCAUAUUUGUUUUGUGGUGCACUUUGCACGAAUAUAUUAUUUAGAAAAAGUGUUAAUAAUCAUACAUUGUGGCUAAGGUAACGCCUUACCCGAGCAUGAGUUAUUCCGGAAGGAAUAAGUUCGAGAUCGCUCGGUUUUCGGGCGAAGAUGAUAAUCAUAUAAACAGAAAGUUGCCUAAGGAAUUGCUUCUAAGAAUCCUGUCGUAUUUGGACGUGGUAUCGCUAUGUAGAUGUGCACAGGUAUCAAAACUAUGGAACAUACUCGCUUUAGAUGGUUCCAAUUGGCAGAGGAUAGAUCUCUUCGAGUUUCAGAGAGAUGUAGAGGGUCCAGUAAUAGAGAAUAUUUCACAAAGAUGCGGUGGUUUUCUAAGAGAAUUAUCUCUUAGAGGAUGCGAGAGUAUAGGCGAUGGGUCCAUCAAAUCUUUGGCACAAUCAUGUCCAAACAUUGAAGAUUUAAAUCUGAACAAAUGCAGAAAAAUCACAGACCACUCUUGUCAGGCACUUGGAAGGAGAUGUAAAAAACUGCAGAGGAUAAACCUGGACUCGUGUUCGAACAUAACUGACAUAUCUCUAAAAGCGCUGUCCGAUGGAUGCCCGAUGUUAACCCACGUGAACGUGUCCUGGUGUCAGUCGAUAACAGAGAAUGGUGUUGAAGCUCUCGCCCGCGCCUGUCCACGACUCAAGACUUUUAUAUGCAGAGGUUGUAAGAAUGUGAACGACAACUGUGUGUCAACGUUGGCAACUUAUUGCCCCGAUCUCAGCGGUCUCAAUGUACAGGGAUGUGAUCAACUAACAGACGAAUCAAUAUCAAAACUCGGCCCCGCAAUGCGUCGGCUCUGCGUGUCGGGCUGCUCCCGUCUGACGGACGCCGCCCUGUCAGCACUAGCGGCCCGCUGCCCCGACAUCGUGACGCUGGAGCUGGCGCAGUGCAGCCAGCUCACUGACGCCGGCUUCCAGGCACUGGCCAGGAGCUGCAGAAUGAUAGAGCGCAUGGAUCUAGAGGAGUGCGUGCUCAUCACGGACAGCACUCUCGUACACCUGUCUAUGGGAUGUCCUAGGCUUGAGAAAUUAACGUUAUCCCACUGCGAGUUAAUAACAGACUACGGUAUCAAACAGUUGUCGAUGUCGCCCUGUGCUGCCGAACAUCUCACUGUACUCGGUUUAGACAACUGUCCGCUAGUGACAGACGGGGCGUUAGAACACCUGACUUCCUGUCACAAUCUACAGUUGAUAGAACUCUAUGACUGUCAAAUGGUCAGCCGAAAUGCUAUACGGAAGCUCAGGAAUCACUUACCAAACAUAAAGGUGCACGCAUACUUCGCGCCCGUCACUCCGCCCGUCGGCGGCGCCGGCACCAGACCCCGGUACUGUCGCUGUUGUAAUAUUAUUUAAAUAUAUACUAAUAUACAUAUAUGUAUGUUCUAUGUAUCGUUUGUAUGUACUGCCAGUUAAAAAUCGAGGGAAAUCAGUUUAUUUCGAGAAAUCUGUUGACAAAAAUGUAUUAAGAGUUAAAAAAUCAGUUUGAAAUAAAUUUGAAAUGGAAUAUACAGUGUGACAAUUUUUAAAUAUGUGAUGAGGAUUAAAAUCUAUUUAAUAGCCCAAAAAUGAAGUUUAGGAUGUAACUGGUGAAAACUAUUGUAGUUUUAUUAAACUUUAGUUCAAAUCAAUAUUUUUAAAAUGAUCACACUGUAUACAAAAUCAAAUAUGUAUGUACCUUUAACAACAAAAGUCCAUUCGUUUUCUGUAUUUUUUUUUUUUAUAAAUUAUCAAAACAAGGAGAAUUUUUGUAAUUUAACAAGUACCCCGAAUGCUGAAAACGAAAUUUGAAAAAAAAUAGAUCUUCAAAAGAAUUAAAAUUCUAGAAAGAAUCAGCCAUAUUCUUUUAAAAUUGUUUUUUUCUUUAAAAUUAUCAAUUCGGGGUAGAAUUUACUCUUCGAUAAUAUAUGAUAUGUAUUGAAAAAAAAAAACUGUUCAGUAGUUAUAACUUAUAAUAUAAUACUUAUAACUUAUACGAACAAUAUAAAAUGCCGAAUUCACAAAUGCGAUUAGUCGUUAAAAAGCUUAAAAGUAGACUUUUUUGUAAAACGCGUAUAUUAAAUUAAAUAUACUAGUAAUAUUGUUUAUCGAUAAUAAUGAGCUAAGCCCAAAAAUUGUCACUCUUUUUGUAUUUUUAGCGAAUCGCGAUUUUUAACGAAUCGUCGCACGAUUCGAUCACGAUCCGAUUUCGAUUUUCGUACGACACGAAUAGACGAAGAGACUGUGGUUGCUUUAUUUUCGUCAUACUAAUAUCUGCCGAGCCUUUUCCCAACCAUGUUGGGG